AUGUCUGUGGUCCGUAGUUUUCUGGGUUUGGUAGGUUAUUACAAAAAGUUUGUGAAGGACUUCUCAAAGAUUGCAGUGCCAUUAACACAGUUGACUCAGAAGGGAGUGUCAUAUGAAUGGACUGAGGAUGGAGAAUCAGCUUUUCUGAAGCUAAAGACGAGGUUAGUCUCAGUACCAAUUCUUAUACUACCAUCAAGUAAUGAGGAAUUUCAGAUUUAUAGUGACACUUCAUAUAAGGGUUUGGGUUGUAAAAACAAUGAUUUAACUCCCACCACCACCACCGAUCCGCCGCAACCAACCUUCGACUCUGGCCUCCGCUUCCGCGAGAAGCUCCUCUACCUCCAAACCCUCAAAGUCAAUCCCUCCAAAGCCCUCCACAAGAACCCUAAUUUCCAAUCAGCCCCACUCGACUCCCUCAAAUCAAUCGAGAAAUGCCUCUCAUCCAUGGGCAUUGACCGCUCUGCCUUGGGCCGCAUCUUCGACAUGUACCCCCAGCUCCUCACCUGCGAUCCCUACUCCGAUCUCUAUCCUGUUUUCGACUUCCUAUUGAACCACGUCAAUAUCCCUUUCCCCGAUAUCCGAAUAUCGAUCAUUCGCUGCCCGAGACUCUUAAUUUGCAGUGUAGAUCACCAAUUGAGACCCGCAUUACGUUUCCUAGAAAAUUUGGGGUUUGUGGGGAAACACGCAUUAACUUGCCAGACCACACUGUUGUUGGUUUCGAACGUCAAAAACAUGUUUAUGCCCAAGCUGAAUUACUUGCAAGAUUUGGGUUUUUCGUAUGAGGAGGUGUUGAGGUCGCCGGGGUUGUUGACGUUUAGUAUUUCCAAUAAUUUUGAGCCGAAAGUGGAGUAUUUCUUGAAGGAGAUGAAUGGGAAUUUGGCAGAGCUAAAGAUGUUUCUGCAGUAUUUUUCGUUUAGUUUGGAGGGGAAGAUAAAGCCUCGACACCAGCUCUUGAUGGAGAUUGGGUUGUCUCUCUCGCUGCCGCAGAUGUUGAAGGUCAGCGAUGGGGAGUUCAAUGCGCGGUUGAUUGAGAUGCGAUUGCGAUUAGUUGAUCAGAGACAGUCACAGUAAGUUUCCUUGCAAGUUGCAACUUAUAUUAUUUAUACUUUGCUUCCAUAGUGAAAGUUCACAACUCAUUGUGUUUGAUGGUC